AUGCCUUCUGCGAUUCCACCUCGCAGUGACCCUUCCAAUGUUCUGAAUCAGGUGAGAUUAUCUGCACUUAUCAGGACUAAUUCAAGCCUUUCUAACAAUAGGUUAACCCAGAUCAUCAUGUCACCUUCUGAUUCAGAUUAUCUUGACCAGCUAAUACCGUCGAUCCGAGAAUACAGCUAUGGAAAUCGUACUUCGCAACUUCUACAGUCCUUAUCCAGAUUUGCAAGUGAGAAGGAAGCUGAGAUAGAGAACAUAUGUAACACGAAUCAUCAAGAGUUCGUCACAUCUGUCAACCAGCUUCUCCGUAUUCGCGAAGGCACCGUCAGUUUGACAUCGGAGAUCUUGGACCUGAAUCAAUCCAUUCAGGCAAGUACAGAGAGACUGGCGGAACAGAAAAAGGCUCUUGUCGAGUCGAGAAGUCAUCGACAGAAUAUCGAUGAGACUUUUCGUGCUCUUCAAGAUUGUCUUGAAGUGUUGCGUCUCUCGAAUCACGUUCACGAUCUCCUAGGCAAGAAGAACCAUUACGCUGCACUUCGAGCCCUCGAUGAAUUACAGAAUGUUCACCUUAAGGAAAUUACCCAGUACAAGAUUGCUGAGAUGAUACAGCGUUCUGUUCCUGCUACUCAGAGAGCUAUUGCCGAAGCCGUUAUGUCGGAUUUAAAUACCUGGCUGUAUCGUAUUCGUGAAAUGUCACAAUAUUUGGGAGAGAUAGCACUCUAUCACACCGAUCUUAGGAAGACUCGACUGAAAGAAAAAGCUGAGAAGAUUCCUUACCUGAGUCAAUUCAAGCUCAACUCGGCGAUUGAACUGGUUUCCGAUGAACAUGAGGAGUACGACCUGCUUCAAAAUGAUGAUCUGCAGGUGGAUUUCACCCCUUUGUUUGAGUGUUUACAUAUCCACCAGUCCCUAGGUCAGAUGGACAAAUUCAGAGCUGAAUAUGCGACAACAAGACGACGACAAAAGGACCUCUUACUUCCGACAUCGAUAACCCUGGUCGAUGAAGAUGGCGCUAGUCUGCACACGCUGCUAGAGGAAAUGACCGGUUUUGCCAUCGUGGAAAGGUCGACAAUGAAAAGGGUUCCAGAUCUCAGGUCGCCUGUCGAUGUCGAGGAACUCUGGGAUUCUAUGUGCCAUACAGCCGUCGGUCUGAUUUCAGAUGCUCUCCAUGAAGUCGAUAAUGCCGAAAGUCUUCUCAAGAUCAAAAAUCUUAUUGCACUAUUUAUGCAAGCCAUGGACAUUGUAUCGACAGAUGAUUACAUGCCUAUGCCAAUCCAGAAUCUGGAGGAGUUUGACAAAGUCAUCAACGUGAGCUGGUAUACUCCAGAAAAGCCGCGAGAAGAGCAAGUUUUUCCCUGUGUACUACCGUUCUCGCAGAUGUACCCGCUAUGCUGUAUUGACAUACGUAACUUCUUGAAUCAGUUCUAUUUCUUUUCUAAUGAUGAUUUUCCUCACCCCGAUGUGAUCGAUGAGACUCUCAAAACGGCAUUAGAUGACCUUCUUUCCAACGAAGUUUGUGAGACUCUAGUUGAGCGUCUCAGCUCUCAGUAUCUCGGACAGAUUGUUCAGAUACUGAUAAACUUAGAACACUUUGAGAUGGCUUGCAAGGAACUCGAAGUUCUUCUUGCUGCGGCGCGAUCACAGAAUUCGACAGUCGGCCCAGUUUCUCUCAAUGCUACGGCAAAGUUCAGAAAUAACAAGAAAGCUGCAGAGAAGCGUAUCUUUGAAGUGGUCAAUUCAAAGAUUGAUGAUCUGAUUGAGACGGCAGAAUAUGACUGGAUGGCCGCUUCAGAGCCAACCGAGCCGAGCAAUUAUAUGCAAACAUUAACCAGGUUCCUCUCCAACAUUAUGAAUUCUACAUUACUUGGUCUCCCGACAGAGAUUAAGGAACUCAUUUAUUUUGACGCCCUUAGUCAUGCGGCGAAUAUGAUUCUGGCAUUACCUCUGUCACCGGAUGUCAAGAAGAUCAACCCAAACGGCGUCGCAGCAUUGGCCAAAGAUGUUGAAUACCUUACGAAGUUUGUUGAUGGACUUGGUGUACCAAUUUUGCGGGAGAAUCUCGAUGAGCUGCAGCAAACAGUGAACUUGCUGCAGUCAGACAACACAGACGAGUUUUACGACAUCUCGAUCAGGAAUAAGAAGUAUGGCAGGGUUGACGCUAUGAAUGGUCCCAUUUUGCUGGAAAAGCUCACGCGAACGGUACAAAGCCCAUCGAAGACAGAUAAAUUUGCAGCGCUCUCUUCAAGAUUUGGGAUGAAGUCGUAG